AUGCUGAACUCGAGCGGGGCGUGCGCCAGCUGCGCGCUGGAGUUCCCACGCUCCAUCCGGACAUCAGCGACGCUGGCUAUCGCUCUGCUGCUUGUGUUGGGCACUGUGGGCAACGUGCUCGUUCCAGUGGUGGUGUGCAAGAGCAAAGACCUUCGGAACUCGACCAACCUGUUUUUGGUCAACCUGAGCGUGUCCGACCUCCUCGUGCUUCUAGUGUGCAUGCCUACCGCCUUGGUCGAGCUACACUCGCCGCCGGAGGUCUGGCUGCUUGGAGAUGGAAUGUGCCGCCUGAUCCCGUUCCUGGAGCUCGUGGUGGCGCACGUGUCUAUCCUGACCAUACUGGCCAUCAGCUUCGAGCGCUACUACGCCAUCUGCCAGCCACUCAAAGCUGGCUACACGUGCACGAAGACACGCGCGCUCGGCAUCAUCACCGCCUUAUGGCUUCUGUCUACGUUGGUCACCAGUCCGAUGCUGUUGGUGUCCCAGUACGGCUGGGUGGAGUACUAUGACGGAAGUACGGUGCCUUCGUGCGGCACCUCGUUCGGGCGACCUUGGCGGCGUCUGUACAUUGUGGCCACAAUGGCACUGCUCUUUGCAUUACCCUUCUUCGUGCUUGUUAUCGUGUACGCGAGCAUAGCGUGCCAGCUUGUGCGGCAACGCGCCAUCGGUAGCACUCCGGUUCCCGAAGAGGCGCACCUGCAGGCUCGCCGCCAGCUGGUAUUCAUGCUGGUCGCCGUCGUGGUCAGCUUCUUCGUCUGCUUGCUACCCUACCGGAUGCUCAUCCUCUGGAUCAUCGUCUCUCCCGCACCAGUCGAAGCGCAGGUGAGCCUGGAGCUUUUCUACAGCCUGCUGUACCUGUGCCGUGUGAUGCUGUACAUGAACUCGGCAGUGAAUCCCAUCCUCUACAAUGCGAUGUCUUCUAAAUUUCGCGAUGCUUUCUUCCGUCUCCUGGGUUUUCGUCGGCCUAGGCUAACGCUUCACUGCACCACAAACACUUCACAGGCCUUCCAGAGCAGCUUUAGCAAUUGGGCGGUGCAGCGACCGGUCCUUUCGGGCUGAAUUCGGAACUCUGCAGCAGCA